AUGGCUUCUUUGAACGGCCACAAUACCACGGCACGAGCGGCACCGAAGAUCGCCAAUCCGCAGGCCGACACAACACCCAACUUCGCAGACCCAAAUUUCGAUCCCGCCGAAUUCCUGAAUGAAUCCUUGUCGCCAUUGACCGUUGCCUCGUUGCAGUUGAAUGCUUCUCGAGCACCCGGCUCCGUACCUUUGACCGAGCUGUCCGCCCAGGUCCAGUCCUUGCUCUCGCAAAUCAGUGCGCAGAACGUGCGCCUCUCGAGCACAUUAUCCCAGCUCAGCGAUGAGAUACUCCGAAGUGGUGGACGACUGGCAUAUGAAGUGGAGGUAUUACGAGGGGAGACAAUCGGAUUAUCAGAAACCUUGACGGAGGUGCUGCGCGACGAUAUCGCCAAAUUCGUUCCAGAAUCAUCGCAGUCGAACAACACUGCUGCAAGCCGCAAGAAAGAGAUGACCCAAGAAGGAUCCGAGGAUUCAACAUCUACAAAGGAGGAGGGUGUGACUGCAGAGGAACAACGGGACGAGGACCCAGCCGAGCCUGAAUACAUCUCGAACCUGCGCACACUCAAUCAAGUGCGAUCACGACUAGAAGAUGUUGUCCAGACCUUUGGUGAUGCAAUGGAAUGGCCUCUGCCGCCAUCCGAGGUCUCAUUUUCUUCUUCCUUCAUCUCCGUUUCCGGCCCUGAGAUGGGCCCAGAAGGACAAGACCAGGAACAAAAAGGACAAGAGAGCAUGAAGAAGCUGCGCAACGAGAUAUUAGAGCUACUUGAUAGUGAGGGCGGAGGGUACAAGGGAUUGGAAGCCGCUACCCAGCGCCUAGAGACAUUGCGGACAUUAGCAACAGUGUGGAAGGGUUCUGCAGAAGAAAAAGCGCGAUCUCGAUUUGUGGAUGCUCUGGAUAGAAUUGUGGAUGAGCGACGGCGAGUUCUGGAGCAUCAGCAGGCUGUGGCUGACCAAAGUCAACGCGGGCCUAGAUCGCGCGAACAACGUCGCGACAGCGAUAGUGGCGCCCCCGCCGGCGGACUAUUCCGCAACCUUCAACGACUGCGCGAAGAGAUCUAUCCAGAGUAG